AUGGCCGAUAUCGAUGUCAAGAUUGCUCAAUGGAAGCUCGUUGAGGUUGGCCGCGUGGUCCUGAUCCGCCGCGGUCCCUUCACCGGCAAGCUGGCCGCCAUCGUUGAGAUUGUCGACCACAAGCGUGUUCUGGUUGACGGCCCUUCCACCGAGGAGAACAAGAUCGUGCCCCGUCACGUCCUCCCUCUCUCUGCCGCCACCCUCACCCACUUCGUCAUUCCCCAGCUGCCCCGUGCCGCCGGUACUGGCCCCGUCCGCAAGCUUUGGCAGAAGAACGAGAUCGAUGGCAAGUGGGCCAAGAGCAACUUCGCCCAGAAGACCCAGAGCGCCGAGCGACGGAAGAACCUUAACGACUUCGAGCGCUUCAAGGUCCUCAGACUCAGGAAGCAGGCUCGCUUCGAGGUCCAGAAGGCUCACGCCAAGCUCCGGGCGGCUGCUCCUAAGUCAUAG